GCGUUGCCAUUCAGUUUCGGUUCGUAAGCCUUUGACGCCGCUUCUUCUUGCCAGAGACGAUCGCUUUGGAUUAUACAUUGUAUCUCUGUGAUUCAAGAUCAUAUAGAUCUUAUAUUUAGAUACUGUUACCCAUGCCCGGCUCUUCGGUUCUUCGACUAUGGAUAUUCUUCGGCUUUUUCUACCGCUUUUUGGCCCUCCAGGAGUGCGAUAUUCCCAAUGAAUCGAAAAGAGGCGUUUGCAUGGAGGUCAGCAGGUGUAAGGCGUAUUUACAAGUGCGAAAUGCCACCAAUUUGCCCGCUGAGAAGGUGAAUUUCCUGAAGAAAGUGCAGUGCGAGGUGGAGCAGCAAAUCUCGGAGGCAGAGGGUUCUUAUGAAUCCCUCGUUUGCUGCCCGGCAAAUGGACAGGAUUAUCUAUUUCCCGUGCUGCAGUUUUCCAAGUUCGAGUACCGAAGAUUUCUGGAUGUCACUGCUCGAUUUAAGCGGAAGAAACUGAAGCGGAGGAUUCAAACCGUAGAGCCAAGUUCGGGAUUUAAUUUACUGAACGAGUGUGGAAAGCAGGUGACCAAUCGAAUUUAUGGAGGCGAAAUCGCCGAACUGGAUGAAUAUCCUUGGCUGGCCCUGCUCGUCUAUAACUCAAAUGACUACGGCUGCAGUGGAGCUCUAAUAGAUGAUCGUCAUAUCUUAACGGCGGCCCAUUGCGUUCAAGGUGAAGGAGUGCGCGAUCGUAGAGGAUUAAAGCAUGUGCGACUUGGCGAAUUCAAUGUGAAAACGGAACCUGAUUGCAUCGAGGAACCCAACUACUUGAGCUGCGCAGAUGCCGCUUUGGAUAUUGCCUACGAAAAGAUCCAUGUGCAUCCCGAAUACAAGGAGUUCUCCAACUAUAAAUACAAUGAUAUAGCUAUUAUCAGAUUGAAACAUCCCGUAUCCUUCACCCACUUUGUCAUGCCCAUUUGUUUGCCCAAUAAAUCGGAGCCCCUGACUUUGGCCGAGGGUCAGAUGUUCUCCGUUUCCGGAUGGGGUCGCACGGAUUUAUUCAACAAGUACUUCAUCAACAUCCACAGUCCCAUAAAGCUGAAGCUGCGCAUUCCGUACGUCUCCAAUGAGAACUGCACCAAGAUCCUCGAGGGAUUCGGGGUGCGAUUGGGACCCAAGCAGAUUUGUGCCGGUGGGGAGUUCGCCAAGGACACCUGUGCCGGGGACUCGGGAGGACCUCUGAUGUACUUCGAUCGCCAGCACUCCCGUUGGGUGGCCUACGGGGUGGUCAGCUACGGAUUCACCCAGUGCGGAAUGGCCGGAAAGCCGGCUGUUUACACUAACGUGGCCGAAUACACGGAUUGGAUCGAGAGUGUCAUACAGCAGCAGCAGAGGAAAAAGAGUCAACAACCAACGACAAAUCAACAGGCCAAAUUGCCUUGACGUCAGAUUUUUAUUAUUUAAUUUUCGGGAGGGGAAAGAACAAUUGGCGCCUAAUUGAAGUGGGCACAUGGCUCCGAUUCAGAUCUAUUUACCUCUACCAUAUCCACCAUAUUUGUACAUAUUUUGCUAAUUAUCUAACAGCCAUCAACUAUUUGGUUAAGCGUGUGAGUGAAUGAGUGCGGAAUGUGAGUUCUCGCUAACAAAAGU